AUGUGUCACUUCGAGACCAGCUACUUCAGCGGCUGCGGCUGCCUCAAGCCCGUCCCCGGCGCAGCUCCUGAGGAAUGCCCCAUUGCGUUGGCAUACGGCAGGAUCUGUCCCGAUUUCCAGUGCGGUCUUCAGCCAAAGGAACAGGCGACGGAGCGAUACGGCCUUGUAUGCCUCGAUUGUAUCGAGGCAAAGAACAGUAAGAAUUCGAAGAAGAGCAGCAAGAAGUGA